UGCAAUCGUCUUUCAUCGUUUCAUUUUAUUGCUAUCGAUUCAUUUCAGAUUUAUUGCUACGUUUUGCUUUCCCGGAUGUUUGCAAUUGAUUUACUUAGUUAAAACAGUGAGCUGCGAGCAGUGUGCUAAAACGUCGUGGCACUGUAACAGACUAGCUGGUGUUGACUUUGACGUAGGACGGUAUGAAACUGUAAACUCUGGUUUUCGGUUUUCUUCGCAGUACCGCGGGCAUGAUCGGGACACCGCGGUUUUUUCGCGAGUUGUGGACGGGUGCGCGGGAAACCAACUACGGUAACACGGUGCUGGUGCAUCGCGACGACGGCCAAUGGUGGUUGGGAUACGUUCAGGACGUCGAUGGCGAACUCUUCCUCGUCGACUUCGAUGCCAGCACAGUGACGGCCGAAUGGAUUCAUACCAACCGUCUGUGGCCGCAUCAUUUCCUGUCGGUUACGGAUCUGGACCACUAUAUCGACUGCUCCCUGCAAGUAGCACUGCGGGACAGUUACCGUGGACCGAUGAUUUUCCGUCCCGCCACCGUCACUGCAGAAUGGAAUGCCGAGUUUUUGGCUGUACGCCUGGACGAGAACGACUCGUCCAAGAACACUACGGACUGUCGUUUCGUGCAUCGCGGCCAGUUCGUGGAACACCUGCCCGUGCCCGGUGAUGGGCAGAGUUUCUUCGGACGCACGGAUGGUCUGACGUUCGUCAAACACGUCAUCGACUUCCCGGCAGCAAACGCCCUGCGCAACGUAGACAGUCUGUCAGCGUACGUGGGCCCGGCAUGCCAGUUCACGCUGGCCAAGGGUGAUCGUCUGUUCGGUAGAUCGAGGAUCGCUGUGUACGGGGGUUCCCGUUCCACGUGCUUCUACUCCGUGGGUCCGCGUUUGGGGGUGCCAGCUGGAGAAAUAGAGGCCCGAUACGGGGUGUACGUAGGGUGCCGUGUGUUUGUGCGCGUCGGAAUCGACACGGUGACUUUUGUGUGCGUGGAAGUCCACAAUGAGGCAGCCGGGCGCCGAAUGUCCUGGAAUGGGGAUGCUUUGAAAAAAGCUUGCAACAAUUACCUCCGUCUGCAUUCAGUGAACAGUAUCGACGCUUUUCCAGGAGCUUUAGAUAAUGAAUUGGCCUCCUUCAAGGAUUCCUGUGCUGACGACACGGCUGGUGUGGGCGACAUGUCCAUUAACGAACUUUCGCCACCGAUAUUGACGUGUCUUUUGGGUGAUUUGGAUACAGAGGGCCGGCAACGCACGUCCAGAGUCUGCGCGUUGUGGAGGGAGAUUGUGCAAAAAUACACGGACAAGCGUGUGGUCAUCCUGGACAUGGCCGAGAUGUGGCCGAAAAAGCCAUAUACUCAAGAGUCCUUUAUUGAAUCCCACUACCGCGAGUAUAAGCUGCUGGCCACGCUGGACCGCGUCGUUAGCAAGCACAUUACAACGCUGGUGCUGAUUGAUGACGGCCAGCACAAUCCACCUACCUUCGAACUCUAUCUCAAAAUGUCUGCAGCCGUAGCUGUUCUGCAAGCCAGGGGAAUUCACGUGCGCAGAUUCAUUGUGAAAAACGGCUAUGAUGUGGCUGCGUGGCCAGAUGACCCGUUAUUUGCCGUCACAAUCGAUGAUGGACAAUACAAAAUGAGGGUGAGUGACGUGAUGAAGGAUGUGGCAACCGUGUGUGACGAGCUGGUUCUCAUCAACUACAUGGCUUCGCGAGCGAUCACCGAAUCCGCAAAGCAGUUGCUGUUCGAUUGUACCGACGGACACCCACCGACCCCGGAGAUGCUGCGGCCCGACCGCAAACGGACCUUGGUCGAUUUGGGUGUGGCCAUUCCGAUUCUCCGCUUUCGCCGCGGGGAGGCGGUCGAAGAGCAGUGCCGGCGCUUUUUAGCCGCCGCCAACGAGAGCUGUCCGGCUGUUAGUCAGCAGGUCCAGCAGAAGAUCACCGCACUGUACGCCCGCUGGGUGGAGACGCUGGGAGACGCCGACUGGAGCGGCAUUCGCAAAUUUCUAACUUUGCUGGACAAUCUUCAUGUCACCGAUACUCCUCGGCCAUGGGAGACGAUGAAUUUACGCCAACUGGACGUUUCCGCUUUGAACAAUCUGACCUUCGCAGCCCUGCACGGGUGCUACAAAGACGACGGCGACGAAGAUGGCGACGAAGAUGACGAAGAGGGUGACACCGAAGACGACGAUGAAGAUGACGAUGAUUACGAGGACGACGAUGCAGUCGAAUAGCCCUAGUAGUACGCCCCUGUGUUUGCAUUGUCCGUUUACUGGUUUUCAUAUUCAUCACGUACUGACGUUUUAUUGACCUGCUAUAGCAACGUGGCAUCGGCCUCGUGUGGCGAAU